AUUUUAGAGUAGUUUCAAAGUCGUUACUAGUUAAUGAUAGGACUAACUUUUUUUCACUUAUAUGAUCAGCGUGGUGCCAACUGCUACUGGUGUGAGAAGAAUCAAACAGACAGAUCAAGAUCUAGGAACUAUGGAUCGGAAAUGAGUGUCUACGAAUCGAGCGUCAAAGGAGUACAUAGAAGGAGUGAAAGAGUUUGUUGAGUUUGCCGUUGCUCAUGCAAACGACAACAAUAACAUCAUAUGCCCAUGCUUAGAAUGUUGUUACAGAACAGUUAGUGCGGAGCAUUUGCAAGAUCACUUAAUAUGUAAUGGAAUCGAUGAAAGCUAUACAUGUUGGACAGAAGAAACUGAGUCUGCUGGUUUGAGGAGUAAUGUGAGAGAUACGUCAAAUGAUUAUGAGUUUGAUCGAGUCGAAGAGUUUAUGAAUGAAAUUGAAAAAGAUCUUCGUGAUUGUCCCGAAAUGUUUGAUCAAGCCUCGUGGGUUGGAAAAUAAGUUCUCAUUUUUAUCCCCACAUAUAUCUCAAGAGGAUAAACAAGGGCAACAAAUAGCAGACAUCUUAUUGACACACAAGUUUAAGAAUAAGCUGAUUUUUGCACCGGUCAAUUUAGGGCUAAAUCAUUGGGUGUUGCUUGUCAUCAAUCCCGGAGCUGAGAUGAUAUAUUAUAUGGAUUCAUUGCCGGGGGGACAUCCUAACAUUGACGUUGUAAGAAAAAAGUUCAUGAAUGCCAUGUGUAUUUGCCGUUCCCUUAAUCCCAAGUUAAAAUCAAAGUCAAGUAUAAUCCCAUGGAAAGAAAUAAAGUGUCCUAUGCAAACUAAUGACAUUGACUGUGGCUAUUUUGUCAUGCGAUUUAUGAAAGAGAUAAUAUUGGCAAAUCAAGACAUGAUCCCCGAAAAUUACUUUGGAGAUUACAAAUGUAAAACCUAUUCUAAAGAUAAGUUAGUUGAGGUCGAGGAGGAUUGGGCAACCUUUAUGGUCGAGUAUCUUAGAGACUAUAUUGCUCAGAGACUUACACUCUAAUUGGUUGUGCUGGACUAUAUAGCUCGUCCCGAGUCCUCUAAAAUUUAGGUGUUUUUUUGUUUGUAAUUGUGGCUGCUUUUAGGAGCUUUUUUUUUUUAUUGGCAACUUUGAUUUGACUAGUAUUAUGACAUUCAGGAUUAAGUUUAUGAUCAA